AUUUACCUUGACAACUCAGCAGUGAGGUUUGUGUGCAGUGUGUUGGUGGUAUAGCAACAGGGCACGAUAAGAUUGUACUGCUAUCGGAAAUACACACGAAGAGAGAUAUCUCUCUAAAUAGCAGCAAAGAUGACGGAUGUCAACAUGGAGUUGAACAUCAACCCAAAGGAGCAGCAAUUCAUCUCUGCAAAAUCCUUUCUUCUCACUGCCAGCACAGACACAGGGUUGAAUUUGUAUGACCAUCUUAGCCGUGUUCUUACCAAAGUUCUCGAUGAAAGACCAAACAAUGUGGUGGAUGUUAUUGAAGAUAUAAGCAAAGACACAAAAAGAUCUAAAUUUACAUCAGAUGUUGACACAGUUAGAGAUAAACUUGAUCAGUCUACAGAAGUAGCUCUAGCCAAAGUUCAAGAAAAACUUUUUGCAAAAGAAGGAGGUGAGGACAAUGAACCAGAAGAAAGUGAAGAACUUGAAACUCCUCUUCCAAAUAUUAUGGAACUUUGUUUUUUCUUUGAGCAAGCUGGAAUCGGAUUGAACCGUGAAGAAAUGAUUCGUGUCUGGUUAGCUUUAAAAAAUUUAGUGGACACUCAUGCAUUAUCACAUGUUAGAUUCUGGGGUAAAAUCUUUGGAACUGAACAGAAUUAUUAUGUGGCUGAGGUGGAGUACAGAGAUGGAGAUGAAGAGGAGGAAGAAGAGGAAGAGGCAGAGGAGCAACCAGAAGAAGAAGCAACUGACAAAGAUGGUGAUGAGGAGGGAGAGGAAGAACAAGAAGAGGAUGACACUCCCAAACCAGAUUUCAAACCUCCACCAGAAGUUCCAAAGGAGGAGAACAAAACCGGAACUAACAAGAAAACAUACUUUGUCUGCAAUGAUCCUGGUAAACCCUGGACGAAGCUACCAGCUGUGACACCAGCCCAGGUCCAGUCAGCCAGGCUCAUCAAGAAGUUCUUCACAGGAAGAUUGGAUGCCCCAGUUGUCAGCUAUCCCCCAUUCCCUGGCAAUGAGAUUAACUACUUGAGGGCCCAGAUUGCCCGUAUCAGUGCUGGUACCCAUGUAUCACCCAUGGGAUUCUACCAAUUUGAGGAAGAUGAGGAAGAAGAGGAAGAAGCAGAAGGUCGCAAUGACUGUGUCAUCAAUGUGGAUUUUGAGCCAGUGUCACUAAGAGAUUUAUGUGAUGGUUCUCUACAACACUGGGUCCACCAUGUGCAACACAUCCUGCCCCAGGGUCGUUGUGUCUGGGUGAAGGUGGGACAGGAAACUCCUGAGGAGGUUGAGGAUGAGGAUGAAGAAGAGGAGCGUGAGGAACCAGAUGAACCAGAACCCGAGGUUGGACCUCCUCUUCUGACACCCUUGUCAGAGGAUGCGGAAAUUGGAAACCUACCUCCAUGGACACCAAAAGUAUCCUCAAAGUUGAUUCCUCAGUAUGCUAUUGCAGUUCUUCACUCUAACCUGUGGCCUGGUGCUCAUGCAUUUGCAGCUGGAAAGAAAUUUGAGAAUGUUUACAUUGGCAAUGGUCACAAAUACAGCAUGGACAAUUACAAUCCACCACAAACUCCACCCAUCCAAGAAGAAUUCCCCAGCGGCCCAGAAAUCACCGAGGCAGAGGACCCAACAGUGGAGGAGGAGAAUGCCCUCAGGAAUGCUCAACAGGAGGCUGCUGAAGCAGCAGAGGAAAUGGAAGAAGGUGAAGAGGAGGAAGAUGAGGAUGAUUAGAAAGGGGAAGUAACUCUGUAAGGGAAGAAAGGGGCAGUGACUCUUUAAGAGAAAAAACUUGAACUAUGAUGAGAGGCAGUUACUGCAGACUUUGAACUUUAAGGAAGUUAAAAAUAUUUGCAAUCUCUCUGGAGUCAAUAUUCAUACAUUGAUUACAAAUAGAAAGAACAAUGAAAAUAAACAUCAUUCAUGAAUACUUUGUUAAAAAAGUUUGUAUAUACUAUCCUAAUAAAUUAUCAUUUGUAUUGAC